UAAACAAAUAUAUUUAUGUUUUUUUGAGGGUUUAAUUAUGAAUGUUAACGAAUAUAGUAAGCAAAAUAGAAUCAGUUAUGUUUUGCUAUCAAAUGUUCCUGAAAUUACAAAAACUGAACCUUGCUGUCUUGGUAUAGAUGAGGCAGGCCGUGGACCAGUUUUAGGUCCCAUGGUGUAUUCAGUUUGCUAUUGUCCGAUAAGUAUGAUAAAGAAGUUAUCAGAUCUUGGUUUUGCAGAUUCAAAGACAUUAACAGAAGAGAAGAGAGAUAAUCUUCUUUCUGUUAUUGAAAACAACUGUGACUUUAUUGGUUGGGCAAUCAAAAUAAUAUCCCCAACUGAAAUAUCAAAUGAAAUGCUUCGUAGAUAUAAAGUGACAUUAAAUGAAAUAUCUCAUGGAGCUGCAAUUGAGCUUACAAGAAAGACAAUUAAUGCUGGUGCAAAUAUAACAGAGAUGUAUGUGGAUACUGUAGGUGAUGCUUCAAAAUACCAAAAUAAAUUAUCAGAAGUUUUUGAUGGGGUAUCUGUAAAGGUGACACCAAAAGCUGAUGCCUUAUUUCCAAUAGUCAGUGCGGCUAGUAUAUGUGCAAAGGUUGCUAGAGAUAGGUGUAUCCAAGGUUGGCAGUUUCCUGAAGGAGAUAUAAAAGAGGAUUACGGUUCUGGAUAUCCAGCAGACCCAAAAACUAAACAAUGGUUAAAAGACGUAGUGGAUCCUGUGUUCGGUUUUCCGCAGUUUGUAAGGUUUAGCUGGUCAACUUGCGUCAAUAUUCUUGAAAAACAUGCUUGUGAAGUUAUGUGGGAAGAUGAUGAAGCUGAAGAAACAGAUAAAAAAAUUGUUCCAAUAACAACUUUUUUUGCUCAAAAAAAGAAUGCUACUAAUAUUUCUGUUAAACACUCAAAGUUUUUUUCAGAAAGAAAACUUGAGCAAGUUUGCGAGUUGUAACUAGAGAUCGAAUCAGUUUUUUUAUAUCAAUAGUUUUAAUUGUUGUAAUGAUGAUGAAAUAUUUCUAACAUGUAUAAAUAUUUAUUACAAUGUUGCUAUGUAA